UGGACUCCCUUCUUUUUCACCUCCUCGUCGUCCCUCACCCUGAAGGCCGCCCUUUACCCCGUCGGAAUCCUAUUUCCCCUCAGUAAACGACACAAGCCUUUUCGUCGUUGAAUCAACCUGAAAAUCCCCCAUAACCCCAUUCCUCCCUAGAAUCACUGAUCCCAUCUUCAUAUUCUGUUCCCACUUUCAAUACCUCCAUUAUUUAUACAUCAAGCUUCAACCUUUAAGCUUCAGAAUCAUCCCCACUUGCUUCAAUUCGACUCAUUCAGGGCAUGAUUUAUUAGCUUUGGAGUGGCGAGUGGGCAAUAUAGAGGUGGAAGGAACCCUAAAUUAAGCGGUGGGAUCACCGGCUUGGUCUGUUGUAGUAAAAGGGUAUACAUUGCCUCAUUAUGGACCCGUCGAUGAUGAAGAAGCUCCUCGAGGACGACGAGGAUGAGACAAUGCAUUCGGGGGCGGAUGUGGAGGCCUUUCAGGCGGCAUUGAAUAGGGACAUUGAAGGAGAUUUGGCUGCUUUGCAGCCGUCUGAUUCAGAGUCUGCUGUUUUGUCUCAAGGAAGCAAUAAUACUUCCAGUCAAUCGCUAUCACAGUUGCAUACUGCUAACCAGGAUGAAAGUACUGUUGGUCAAAUUCAACAUGACCAAAAUAUUGCACAACAGAGAGAACUGCAUUCAUAUGAAAUGGAGUUAAAGCAACAACAAUCCAUUUCUGAGAAUAUGCCCCAACAGAAUGAUGCAUCACAGGAGCUUAAUCAUUUUUCUUUGCCCCAGAAGCAACCCCACGGUGAUCUUCAGCAAGGGCAAGCAGAUCAAAAGCCUCUUCAGACUGGAAUGUUGAUGUCUGGAAAACAUCCAGUCUCAACUCAGGAGCAGAACUUAACACCUAAACCAGAAAAUGACUCUCAGUAUGCAAAGCUUCAGAAGAUGAGUAGUCAACAGGCAAUGCCCGCUGAGCAGCCAAGCACCCCAAUGAAUCGCAGUAAACAAGUACCAUUUGGUCUGUUACUACCUGUCUUAUUACCCCAACUUGAUAAAGACAGAGCCAUGCAACUUCAAACUCUUUUUACUAAACUGAAGAACAAUGAAAUCUCCAAAGAUGCUUUUGUUCGACACAUUAGAAGUGUUGUUGGGGACCAGAUGCUAAAAAUGGCAGUAUACAAAGUACAGACACAGCAGCCUGCUCUCAAACAACAUUUAAUGACUCAGGCCUCAUCGCAACAGCAAUCUCCUAGGAUGCCAUCUAUUAAUGCAGGUGCUACUCAGUUCACUGGUCCUCGUUCAUUUGCAAUUCAACAGAGAGGUGUGAACCCUUCCACAAACCCGUCACACAUUCCCACAGUUCAUAUGCAGACUGAUUCAAGCCAUUCAGCCAUUGAAAAUAGUGCCAAAAAAUUGCGGGAAGCAGAACGUCAGUCUGAUCCUCAUGGAAUGCAAGUAAAUCAGAUGUCUGCUUCGAGCACAGGAGCUUCCAAUCAAGAAAGGGAGCGGUCCUCAGUUCCUAUGCAAGUACAUAACAAGCAGCAGCAGCAGUUGCACUACCCACAAUCAUCCUUUGCCAUGUAUGGAUCUACUGGCAGUAAUUAUCACCCAUAUCCAGAGACAAAUGUCAAUACAAUGCCUCUCAAACAGCAACCUCAUGACCCGCAUUUGAGGCAAAUUCCUCAACAUCAAAGCAUGGGUUCAGCUCAGUCAGGUGGAGGGGAAGCCCAGGGAACAAACAUCAUGAGUGUGCCUAAAUCAGAGAGACAAAAUUCUGUGAACGAGCCAAGCAGACAGCAGGGUGGAUCUCUUCCUCACUUCACAAAUAGUUCAACUUUACAACAAAAUUCAGUUCCUUGGCAGUCUUCAAAUAAAGAGCAGAUUUCUGGUCCUAUAUCAUCAAUGGGUUAUGUAAAACAGGAAUCCAUUGACCAGAGUGCUGAGCAGCAGCACAAGACCGGUCUAUCUAAUUCUCAGCGUUUGCCUUAUGCUUCUUCUGUGCAACUUGAACAUGGAAAUGUGUCACCUGGAAUUGCAGUGGAUGAGUCUUUAGAGAAGCAGUCUUCAAGAAUGAGAUCUUCAAGCACAGGGCCAUCUGGGAGCAUCGUUGCUUCGUCAUCUACAAGCACAGGCCCCGUCUUGAAUCCUGUUUCUUCUACCACAACAACACAUACUGAUCCUAAUUUAGGCUCUAGGAUACCUUCCGGAACUUCUCCUUCUGGUAUUACUAAUAGAAUACCAGCAAAAAAAGCUUCUGUUGGCCAAAAGAAGCCUAAUGAAGCACUUGGUUCGCCACCGCCGCCUUCAAGCGGUAAGAAGCAAAAAGUAUCCGGGGGUUUUUCAGAUCAAAGCAUUGAACAACUCAAUGACGUCACAGCUGUUAGUGGAGUUAAUCUGAGGGAAGAGGAGGAGCAGCUGUUUUCUGGGCCCAAAGACGACACUCGAGCUUCAGAAGCAUCUCGAAGAGUUGUGCAAGAAGAAGAAGAAAGGUUGAUUUUGCAGAAGCAUCCCUUGCAGAAAAAAUUGGCAGAAAUCACAGUGUUCAGAAAUGGUUUGAAAAGUAUAAGCCAUGAUGUGGAACGAUGCUUGUCUCUGUGUGUGGAGGAAAGAAUGAGGGGACUGAUAAAUAAUUUGAUAAGACUGUCAAAGCAGCGGGUUGAUGCUGAGAAGCCAAAACACUACACAAUAAUUACAUCGGAUGUUCAGCAACAAAUUAUGAUUCAGAACAAGAAAGCUAAGGAAGAAUGGGAAAAGAAGCAGGCUGAGGCAGAAAAAGUCCGGAAGCUUAAUGAACCUGAGACUAUCAAUGGAGUUGAUGGUGAUAAAGACGAUGGUCGUUCAAAAUCAUUUAAGGUAAACAAAGAAGAAGAUGACAAAAUGCGGACAACAGCAGCAAAUGUUGCAGCCCGCGCUGCUGUUGGAGGAGAUGACAUGCUGUCAAAAUGGCAACUUAUGGCUGAGCAAGCUCGCCAAAAACGUGAAGGUGGGAGUGAUGUGGCAUCUGGUUCCCAGCCAGGGAAAGAUGUAAAUCGCAAACCUACAUCAGCAGCUGGAAGAAUUAUGAAGGACAAUCCAGAAGGAGAAAAAAGAGGGGCUGCGGCUCCUGUUUCUGCAGCUGGGACUGUUAGAAAGUUUGGGAAAAAUCAAGUUAUGGUGCCUCAGAUGAGGGUAGCUCGUAGUAUAUCUGUCAAGGAUGUGAUUUCUGUUCUGGAAAGGGAACCUCAAAUGUCCAAGUCUCCUCUGAUAUAUCGCUUGUAUGAGAGAAACCAAUCUGACUCUGCUGGUGAAUAAUCAAAAACUUUGAAACA